AUGCUGUAUGGGGAAGUCCUCCCUGACUGGCUGGAAGUAAAGGCCGUAGGUGGAGGAGAAGCCUGGGAGCUGGGCUGUCUGACCGGCGAACGCCACCUCCGCCACCGCCAGGAGUGCAAUAAUGAAUAUAUUUUUAUGGACCUGGAGCAGAAGCUGAACAAGUAUUUUCCUAAGGAAUGGAAGAAAGACGCUCACAAAACAACAGAAAAGUUUAGUCCUCCUUGCGUUGCCUUUUUCAGAGUGCAAUAUUAUGUAGAAAAUGGAAAAAUAAUAAGUGAUAAAAUAGCCAGAAAGCUGUAUUAUUCCCACCUGAAAGAACAAGUCUUGAGAUCCCACUGCUCUCACAAAGAGGAGAUUUAUUUUUUGCUGGCAGCAUAUGCACUCCAAGCAGAUUGUGGAAACCAAAGAACUCCCAUGAAAAAUUACUUUGAACCUGAGGCCUACUUUCCACACUGGAUAAUUGCAAAAAGAGGGACUGGUUAUAUAUUGAAGCAUGCUCCUGAGGUGCACAAGGAACUUCAAGGAAUGUCUGUAAAGGAAGCUGUGCUAAAUUUCAUUAGAGAGUCCUGUGUGCUGGAAGAUGUACCUGUUCAUUAUUACAGACUACUAAAGGACAAGAAAGAUGACAGAGCUUCUAUUAUUCUUGGUGUAACUCUUCACGGAAUUCAUAUUUACCAGGAAAUUGACCAUAUUCGUCAUCUUCUCUAUGAUUUCCCUUGGUCUAAUGUGGGGAAACUUACAUUUCUUGGUAAGAAAUUUGAGAUUCAACCCGAUGGCUUGCCUUCAGCGCGGAAAUUGGUCUACUACACAGGUUGCCCUUUCCGAUCACAACACCUAUUGCAGCUGCUCAGUAAUAGUCAUAGACUAUAUCUAAACAUACAACCUGUGCUAAAAGAGAUUAAAAAGUUUGAAGAAGCAGAAG